GUCGACUGACGUCUUCACCCCUGACGCGCGCCGUUCGGACGAGUGGACGAAGGAGCGAACGACAGCUCACCCGCCAAGUGAGAUCAGCCCACGAUGAGGGCGGGCUUGAAGACCAUCAUCUUGCUCUCCUUCGUCCUCGCCAUCGGCUUCCUCCUCGUCAUCCUCUCUUGUGCUCUCUUUGGUAACUGGCUUCCCCUCCUCGUCGCUGCCACGUUUGUCUUUGCUCCGUUACCCAAUGCACUCUGCGCCAGAUGUGGAGGUGCAGAUGACUUCUCGACAGACUACAGCAGUGGCCCCGUCGACUUUGGACACUUUGUCACGGCAGCGACGGUCAUCACAGGUCUCGCGCUACCGCUUGUGCUCAUGCACAGCGAGAUCAUCCACCCCGCUGCUUGCUACAUGAGCAUAGGAGGCGGUGCGCUCGUCUAUGGCACCAGUACGUCGUUUGUUCCCCCUCUCAAAAGCGUCGCACGCUCACGCCCCAGAGAUAGUCAUCACUUACAGCCAUUUCUUCUCGCGGAGUGACGAGUACUAGCAGAGCUACGUUGACGGAGGAACUGUACUGCAUAUGCACUGUUGCUAUCAUACAACACACCACCCCUUCUCCUCCUGAUGGACAAGUCGCUUUCCGUCAUCGCCCGUGUCGC